AUGAUCGGGCAGAAGACGCUGCACUCCUUCUUCAGCGCCGCGCCGGCGAAGAAGCGCGGCCGCUCCCCAGAGCCGGGCGGCGACGCUGAGGUGGGUGCCGCGAAGAAGGCGAAGGCGGCGGGAGAGGGGGCGGGCCGGGCCUCGCUGCUGAGCCCGGAGCAGCUGGAGCGGAUCCGCAAGAACAAGGAGGCGGCGCUGCGGUUGCUGGCCGAGCGGAACGUGCCCCCGGGCUUCGGGGAGAGCUGGCGGCGGCAGCUGGCCGCGGAGUUCUCGAAGCCCUACUUCAUGCAGCUGAUGGCGUUCGUCGCCGAAGAGAGGAAACGCCACACGGUCUAUCCGCCCCCUGACCAGGUCUUCACCUGGACGCAGAUGUGUGACAUCAAGGAUGUGAAGGUUGUCAUUUUGGGGCAAGAUCCAUAUCACGGACCUAACCAAGCUCACGGGCUCUGUUUCAGUGUCCAGAAGCCUGUUCCGCCUCCCCCCAGUUUGGAAAAUAUUUACAAAGAACUGUCGACGGAUAUUGAGGACUUCACUCAUCCUGGUCACGGUGAUCUAACCGGCUGGGCCAAGCAAGGCGUGCUCCUACUCAACGCUGUCCUGACGGUGCGAGCUCACCAGGCCACCUCCCACAAGGAGAGAGGCUGGGAGCAGUUCACGGACGUGGUGGUGUCCUGGCUCAACGAGAACUUGCACGGGGUUGUCUUCAUGCUGUGGGGAGCCUACGCGCAGAAGAAAGGCAGCUCCAUCGACAGGAAACGCCACCACGUCCUGCAGACGGUUCAUCCCUCGCCCCUCUCUGUCAACAGAGGGUUUUUCGGCUGCCGGCAUUUCUCGAAGACGAACGAAUUGCUCAAGAAAUCCGGCAAGAAGCCGAUUGACUGGAGAGCCCUCUGAGCUGCACACAGAAGCUUGUGGGGUCUAAUGGUUGGAAACGGCCCCUGGUUCAGGGGUUGUCUCGUUUCUAAAAAACUUCCGCUGACCUGAGAAUUAUUCUUUGGAUGUUGAUCGAGGAACAGAUGACCAAACUUUCAGAAAUGUUAUGUUUUUUUUCUAAAUGUUUUUUAAAGAGCAGGUUGGAGUCUUCCAGGGACGACUUCUCUGCUGUUUGAACAGGUCUCAGCCUAGUUUGAAGCAAAGAAAAAAAGAGUUCUGUAUUAAUUUGUCUUCCUUGUUGUAAUGGGAAUAUAUUUGCAGGCUCUUGGGAAGGGAUGUCGAUUCUUAUGGGUGAAGCUGUUCAGCGUUUGUAAAUACCCUGCUGCGCCUCCUCCCACUCCUUUGCCUCCUGCUGUGCAAAUCCAGAUUUCAUAUUUGGGGGGCAGGAGAAAAGGCAGAUGCUUUUGGUUUUAGCGUUUUGCUACAAGUGAUGAGAUUUAUUAGCAAUACGGCCUUUGGGGACUGUACAGACCAUGCGCUGUCAGAAGUCUUGCUUGGCGUAGCCGUACUCUCAAGGUUUCGGGGUAGACCCCCCAGCAGCUGAGGGGAGCCUGCGACCGAGGCUCUGGUUGUGCUCUGAGCUUUUUGUUGGCUUUUAGAGAGGAAAAUGUAAGUUUUUACAUUCUUACUGGGUGUGUUAAUCCCUGGGAUGACAGGAGAGCUGUGAAGACCGUGAACUUUGUGGUCGAUGGCAGCAGCAAAGGUUUGUUCAUCAAGACCUGCCAAUUGAUGGGCUGACGGCUGCAAAUUCUUUCAGAUCUUAAAAGAUCUUAAAACAGAGGGAGUUUUGUGCUUUGCCUUCAUAGGAGCAAAUCGAGGUUUCUAGCUGCUGUUGAAAAUAACUGUUGGGACUUCCAGGAUGAAGGCAAGGUUGGACUCGGCAGUUCUGGGUUUCCAGUCCAUCUUCAACUUUGUAAUUCCUUUAAUGGAAGUGAAGUGCCUUGUUUGUUUGGAAAUGACAUCUGUUUUUAUAGAAUACCCCUGUAAACCUUUCUUUGCUGUUUGCUCCGAUAGGUAACACUAGUGCAGGUGAAGGUUACGCUUCUCUGGCUGUGUUGUGGGUUUUUGUUUGGGGUUUCCCCUCCCCCCCAGUUUGUUUUUUAAAUAAAAAUGACCUUAU